CUGGGCGCGCGCGCCCUUCUUGCAGAGGCUAGUUUCAGAAGGGCAUUUCGGAAGAGUGCCAACUGCCUACGAAACCGACGUACUGGAGCGCGCUUUCGGGUCCUCUUGUCAGCCUGUUUGAUGAGCACUGGGUGCCGCGUACUUGCUCGGUGAAGCGUGACGUGCACAACGGGGGCGCGCCUGCGCCCUCUCCUGAUGGUGGGAAAGGAACCUCAGAGACUCCCAAAGAUGUCAGCUCAAGGCCAUACCUGGGCCCGACAGGUGAAGAAGGAGGGUGAGGAAGAGGACCCACUGGACCAGCUGAUCUCCCGCUCUGGCUGUGCUGCUUCCCACUACGCAGUGCAGGAGUGCAUGGCCCAGCACCAGGACUGGCGACAGUGUCAGCCACAGGUGCAGGCCUUCAGGGACUGCAUGAGUGAGCAGCAGGCAAGGCGGCGGGAAGAGCUGCAGAGGAGGAAAGAACAAGGCAGUGUCCACAGCUGAGACCCCAAACCAUCUAUCCCCAGAGGUCGGCUUGCAGAAACUAGCACCCAGAGAAAUCCUGGGAGAGAGAAAUCCUAAACAGUGGACAUGUGGGCCAAAGGGGUAUAAAACUUGGGGAUGGUCAUUGGGAUUGGAGUUGAGAACCAGGAAGCCAUGAGUUUAGACAUAACUGUCAUAGAAAGAGCUGUCAUAUUUUCAUGGUGAGACCCAAACAUCCUCUCUCAUCUUGUUCUAUGAAUAUUAAAUAUUGACCAAUAUUUGCAAUGUAAUAUGAAGAGUGAGGUUAAGGGUUAAGGCAUGUUCUUUUACUUUAUGCCAAAUGCUGAGUUGUGCCAGUGUGCCAAAUACUGAGCUGAUUACAUGGACAUUGAAUUUUAGAAUUCACAAUCUAAAGGUAAAUUGGUUACCUAUUCAUGUCUUCAUUUAUUCAGUCAUUGGUUCAACAGCAAGUUUUUCUCAGACCUUCUCUAGUGCUAGGCACUGUUGGAAACUGAUGUGAUAAAUAAUAUGAUCUCUGCCUUCAUGUUGUUUAGUGUAGUCUGAGAGACCGAAAUAAAACCACACUGGGACAGCUA